AGACAGUACUAUUAUUUCACUAAGUCCCUCUUUCAAGAGAUUUUACUUAGCCAUUUUAUUCGCCUCCCCCACAUAUAUUGAUGAUGGAGCUUCCACCAUUACCACCAUGACCAGCAUCAGAACCAGCUAGCUUCCUAUUUCCUGCAUCUUCUCCUCACCCUCACCCUCACCCUCUCCCUACCCGGCCGGCCAAUCUCUCUCUCUCUCUCUCUCACACACACACACACAUGUCCAUUAUACAGCUCUCUGCAACUUCCACACGGAAACUAAACUUCAUUGUCUGCCACUUUCAAGGCUAAUUAACCACCUCGUAGCUCCAAACAGUUUCUAUCUAGUUUGUAUCUUGUAGCUUUCGUGAUCAAGCAGAACCCCAAAAAAGAAAAACUCUUUAUUUAUUUUUUUUUAAUUAUUUUUCCAUCAUAGUGAUGCACUAGAUGCAUAAUCCCUACCUCCACCCAACUACGUUCACAAGCAUGAUAAAGAAGCAUAUUAAAGAAAAGGGAAGGAGAACUUUACCCGUGUCAGCAGUCAACCGCCAUGCUAUAUAUAAGCCCUUUCUGGUAACUCAUCUCCAAGGAACUUCAACAAACAGUGGCCUUGACAUCUUGAGAUCCACACCAUCAUGGUGUUGUUUCCCAACUCCAAGAACUUCCUGAAGCGCUUUUGUGUGGAAGAAUUCCAAAUGCGGACCAACACUCAGAGCAACUUCAUCUCCAGUGACUUACUUCUUCCAUCUCUUGGAGCCAGCAUCAACCAAACCACGAAACUCAGAAGAUGGAUAAUCUCACCCUUCAAUCCCCAUUACAGAGGGUGGGAGAUGUGGCUGAUUCUUCUUGUUAUUUACUAUGCUUGGAUUUGCCCAUUCGAGUUUGCAUUCAUCACCUACAAGCAAGAUGCACUCUUCAUAGUUGACAAUAUUUUGAAUGGCUUCUUUGCUAUUGAUAUUGUCCUCACCUUCUUUGUGGCAUAUCUCGACAGUGAAUCUUAUCUUCUUGUGGAUGACCCUAGGAAAAUUGCAAUGAGGUACAUUUCAACCUGGUUCAUAUUUGAUCUCUGUUCAACACUGCCAUUUCAACCUCUCAGUCUCCUCUUCACAAAACAAAACAACAGCGUAAUUGGUUUCAAACUACUGGACAUGCUUAGGUUGUGGCGUCUCAGGAGAGUCAGUUCCUUAUUCGCAAGAUUGGAGAAGGACAUUCGGUUCAAUUACUUCUGGACCCGAUGCACAAAGCUCGUCUCUGUAACACUAUUUGCAGUACAUUGUGCUGGAUGCUUCAACUACUUGAUAGCUGAUAGAUACCCAGAUCCACAGAAGACAUGGAUUGGUGCGGUCAACCCAAAUUUCAAAGAAGAGAGCCUCUGGGAUAGAUACAUAGCUGCACUUUACUGGUCUAUCACCACACUAACUACAACUGGCUAUGGGGACUUGCAUGCAGAGAAUCCAAGAGAGAUGUUGUUUGAUAUCUUUUACAUGCUAUUCAAUUUGGGAUUGACAUCAUACCUUAUUGGUAACAUGACCAAUCUUGUUGUCCACUGGACCAGCCGCACCCGAAUCUUUAGAGACUCAGUCAGAGAUGCUUCAGAAUUUGCAAAACGGAACCAGCUGCCUCCUGGCAUUCAGGACCAAAUGUUGUCUCACAUAUGCCUCAAGUUCAAAACAGAGGGACUCAAACAGCAAGACACAUUGAAUGGUCUUCCGAAAGCCAUUCGUUCAAGUAUAUCACAUUACUUGUUCUUUCCCAUCAUCCAAAGUGUGUACCUUUUUGAAGGACUUUCUAACAACUCACUUUUCCAACUGGUUGUCAGCAUGGAGGCUGAAUAUUUUCCACCCAACGAAGAUGUAAUUAUACAGGGCGAGAGUUCAACAGAUUUUUACAUAUUAGUCUCAGGAGCUGUUGAGCUUAUUGUUCAUAUUGAUGGGCAUGACAAGAUUAUUCAAAAGAUUGUUGCUGUAGAUGUGUUUGGAGAAAUAGGAGUUCUAUGCAAUAGGCCCCAGCAGUUCACUUUUCGAACCACUGAAGUUUCUCAAAUACUUAGGCUGAGCAGAGAUGUACUCAUGAACGUAACCCAGUCUAACAAGGAGGAUGGAACCAAAAUAAUGAGUAAUCUUUCGAAGAGGAUGAAGGUGCUAGAAUGCUUUGGGGUUGAGGAUCAGUUCAAUGAUCCAGGUCUGAUCCUCGAAGAUACAAGUCAUGGUGACCGGGAAGGAAAGAGGCCAUAUAAUGUACCGUAUGAAGAAGAUCCACUGAUGGAGGUUGCAAAUACUAAGGGCUACCAACAAACAAGUUUGCUUGAGUUGAAUGGAAAGGAAGAACACAAUGUUAUUACAAAAGAUAGAGAAAUUAAUUCAAUGGCUGAUGAUGGUCAAACAGCUCUUCAUGCAGCUGUUCGUAAGGGACAUGUUCAAAUGGUGAGGAUUCUGUUGGAGAAAGGAGCCAAUAUGAACAAACCUGAUGCAAGAGGGUUGACUCCAAAAGCUCUAGCUGAACAACAAGAAAAUAAAGGCAUAUAUUCACUUUUGUUGAGCUAUGAAAAUAAAGGAAUGCCUCAUGAACACAAGAUAGAUGUUUCCACUCCAAAGAAAGCUCAACGCGUCAUAAAUGGUCCAUUCAGGACACUGAAAGACACAACACUUGAUCAUCUGAAUCCUCAGUCUGCAAAUUCGCCUAUAUCGUGUUCCCCUGAUGUGGAUGCUAACAGAUUAAGUAAGAGGAGAGUCACUAUUCACGUGAAGUCAGAAAUGACAAAUAUCGGAAGGAAGAUGCCAAAGCUAAUCAUCCUUCCUGAAUCACUCGAAGAGUUAUUCCACAUUGCGGGUCAGAAAUUUGAAGGCCACUAUCUCACUAAGGUUGUAAAUGAAGAGAACGCAGAAAUAGACGAUUUGAGAGUUGUCAGAGAUGGAGACCAUCUGUUUUUCCUUGAAAAUGACACAGAAAUUGUAUAGGCUUUCUACUACCUAGUGAAAUGUUACAUAUAAUCCACAUCUUAGACCCAAGAGUCAGUAGUAUCAAGGCAGUUGUAUAACCACAAUCCAAAUAAGACUAGGGUAUAUUGAUCUACCAACUAACCUCCAAUUAUAUCAGAGUGGGAAAUGCAUCA